AACAGAGAACGGGGAUCUGAAAAAAACGUCAAACUCAUACAGCUGUACCAGACGCCUGAUAUAUUAGAGGAAAUCGGAAAAAGACGUCUUCGUGGAGCCGGACAUGUAUGGAGAAAAAAAGGAGCACUGAUACGUACGAUCCAAAGUAGUGUGCAAGAGAGAAAUGGGCCAUUGAAAGCGUCCAUGGAAAUUAUGGGAAGCUUAGCUAAGGAUCAAAGAUGA